AUGUCUUUUGAUCAGAUGUCAGAUUGUGAACUUCUUGAUAUGGUAGCCAAAAAUAUGAUCAUCCUGAAAAAAGAAUUUUCACAAUUGCAAGGUGCUUACAAGGCCCAAAGUGAUCAAUUAGCACUAUUAAGGGCUGAACUGGAGGAAUAUUGCAAUCAAUCACAUAAUCAACACAUUUUUUACUCCAAUCAAAUCCAAGGAGCCACUGCGUCCAUCCAGGCUGUGCAAGAUCAGCUACUCCACAUGUCCACCACUUGUCCCACGGCUCCACCUCCACCUCCUGCACCUUCUGGCACUGCCACCUCCACCAAUCUCCCUGCCCUGUCAUCCCCAAGUUCUGAUUUAAAGUUUGCCAAGCCCAACAAGUUUAGUGGCAAAAAAGAAGACGCCCUUAAUUUUAUCAUUGCCUCUGCUGGAGACUGGGUUUGCCCAUACAAAGAAAGGAAGGUGUUUAGGGGUGAAGCGGUCCCCUUAUUGGAAGACAUUGAUGUGUUUUGGGCCAAAUUUACUAAGCACUAUGUGGAUACAAAUUGCAAUGAGAAGUAUUGUCAAAAAUGGAACAACUUGCAGCAAAAGACCUCAGUCCAAGAGUACACUCAAGAGUUCCAACAAUACUCCAUGUCCUUAGGCUAUAGUGAUGAGACUUUGUGUGACAAGUACUAUAAUGGCCUCAAAAAUGACAUCAAGGACAUCAUGUUCUCCACCAUGUUCCAAUGGCGCCGUGCUAUGGCUCAGCAAGUUUACAACAAGGCAGAAGAAAUUGCAAAUCAUAUUGAAUCUACACGUCUGUCCAAUCCAUCUGUCUCUUCCUCUACAGCUUGUACAUCCCCAAACGUUAUCUCCCAGUCCACUCCCACUCCUACCUGUACUUGCCUUAACGUAGGAGAUAACGUUUACAUGAUCAAUCCAACCACUUGUUGUGCCAAGAAAGGCGCUAUUACUUCCAUUGUGGAAUGGAGAAUCAAAAGAUACUAUGAUUCCUUUCCCCUCCCUCAAAAAGACAAACAUCCUGCUGCUGCUGCGCCCAUCAAGCCUAUCAUUGCUCCCACCCCUGUCCUAGCCUCAAAUGCCAAAGGUCCAGGCCCAAUGGACCUUGAUGGAAAAGGCUUUGCAAGUGUCAUGUGUCACAUGUGCAGUGGUAAGGGACAUUUUGCGUGUAAUUGCCCCUCAAAGCCCAUGUCUGGACAUGUGGCUAAUAUUGAAUGGUCUUGGGAAAGGCCCAAGGAAGAAAAUUGUAUUGAAGUCAUUUUGGAUGAAGAAGAGUCAGGAAAAGGGAAAGCCAAGGCCAAUUAA